AUGGCCUUCGCGGAACAGUGGAAAAAUAAUUUGGAAAAAUUCGAUUUUGCCAUUUCGUUCUCCUCCAUUGAGCACAGUGGAUUAGGAAGAUACGGCGACAAUAUAGAUCCUAACGGAGACUUGAGGGAGGUCACGAAAAUUUGGUGUUUGUUGAGAAAAGGAGGAUUGUUCUUUCUUGGAGUUCCGCGAGGUGAAGAUGCUUUAAAAUACAAUAGACAUCGCUAUUAUGGACGUAUGCGGUUAGCAAUGGUGAUGACAGGUUUCGAAUGGUUGGCAACCUACAGAGAAGACCGGCCUUAUUCAGUGUAUCCCAGUCGAGAAGACUAUGAAACUGUAGACAUGCUGAACCAUGAUCUCUUUGUUUUGAAGAAACUUUGA